AUGAGAAGCGUCCUAAGCCCGCCCGACGCCCCCUCCCCUCGCGGCGGGCGCCUGGCAGUAGCGCCCACCGCUGCUCCCGGCACGCGGCGCGGGCACCCAGCGCCCAGCGUCCAACGCCCAGCGCCCUGCGCCCAGCACCCAGCGCCCAGCACCCUGCGCCCAGCACCCUGCGCCCAGCACCCUGCGCCCUGCGCCCAGCACCCUGCGCCCAGCGCCCAGCACCCUGCGCCCAGCACCCUGCACCCUGCGCCCAGCACCCUGCGCCCAGCACCCUGCACCCUGCGCCCAGCACCCUGCGCCCAGCGCCCAGCACCCUGCGCCCAGCACCCUGCGCCCAGCACCCAGCGCCCAGCGCCCAGCACCCUGCGCCCAGCACCCUGCACCCAGCGCCCAGCGCCCAGCACCCUGCGCCCAGCGCCCAGCACCCUGCGCCCAGCACCCUGCGCCCAGCACCCUGCACCCAGCGCCCAGCAGCCUGCGCCCAGCGCCCAGCACCCUGCACCCAGCACCCUGCGCCCAGCGCCCAGCACCCUGCGCCCAGCACCCUGCGCCCAGCGCCCAGCACCCUGCGCCCAGCACCCUGCGCCCAGCACCCUGCGCCCAGCGCCCAGCACCCUGCGCCCAGCACCCUGCGCCCAGCGCCCAGCACCCUGCGCCCAGCACCCUGCGCCGGAGUCGUGCGCGGGGCGCAGGCGAGGUUCCCACGGCAACCGCGAGCCGCUCUCCGCGUCCCCCGAGUGA